GCGUCCUCGCUGGGAACGCACUUCCGGGACGCGCAGACGGAGACGCUCCGAGAGGCUCCUCCGUGUGGGCGAGAGAGAUGCCCCGGCUCUGAGGAGCAGGCCCAAGUCAUCUCUGCUGUGUGUUCAUUUCCACUGUGUGUUCAGCUCUACUGUGUUUCUUCUAAGUUAAAUAAACCUGUUUUAAAACUACCAGGUACCUAAAAGUCUCACAGUUCUGCACAAGGCUGCCUGCCAUGGGCUGUCGGGAUGUCCAUGCAGCCACAGUCCUCUCCUUUCUGUGUGGAAUCGCCUCAGUAGCAGGCCUCUUUGCGGGGACUUUGCUUCCCAACUGGAGAAAGUUACGGCUGAUCACAUUCAACAGAAACGAGAAGAACUUGACUGUUUACACAGGCCUGUGGGUGAAAUGUGCGCGAUAUGAUGGAAGCAGUGACUGCCUGAUGUACGACACUACGUGGUACUCAUCAGUUGACCAGCUGGACCUGCGUGUCCUCCAAUUUGCCCUUCCCCUCAGCAUCCUGAUUGCAAUGGGUGCCUUGCUGCUCUGCCUGAUUGGAAUGUGUAACACAGCCUUCAGGUCCUCGGUGCCUAACAUCAAACUGGCCAAAUGUCUGGUCAAUAGUGCAGGCUGUCACCUGGUGGCUGGGCUGCUGUUUUUUCUGGCAGGUACUGUGAGCCUUUCUCCAUCCAUCUGGGUCAUCUUCUAUAACAUCCAUCUGAACAGAAAGUUUGAGCCAGUCUUUACAUUUGACUAUGCAGUUUAUGUCACUGUCGCCAGUGCUGGGGGUCUGUUUAUGACUUCCCUCUUACUGUUUAUUUGGUACUGUGCGUGCAAGUCUUUGCCUUCUCCUUUCUGGCAGCCACUGUACUCACAUCCUCCCAGUAUGCACACUUACUCCCAGCCCUAUUCAGCGCGUUCCCGCCUCUCUGCCAUUGAGAUUGACAUUCCAGUAGUCUCACACUCUUCCUAAUGAGACUACAGUUAAUUGUUGAAAAAAAUUUCUUGUAGCCCCUCACAUUCCCCUUGUAAAAAGAGCCUUUUUGAACCCCUGUACUUUUUCCUUUUUCCUGACCAGUCAACAAAGCCAAAUUUGUAUGUGCUGGUAGAAUGAAGUGCUGCUAGUUUUUAUGAGUAAAUUACAUUAUUUUAAAUGUCAAACAUUUUUCUUACUUCUUGUAUUCAAAGGAUUUUUAACCUGCUUACUGAUAUUUGAUCAGCUAUUUAAGGGGAACCAACCUGUGUCUGGUUUAAAAUAAUAUGGUAAAGAAGGAUGGUUAAGAAAAGCUGUUGCAUACAAUCUUUAUGAAUAUUUUAGCUUGUGUUUUGUCCUUUUUAUGUAAUACUUUACACUGGAAAAAGAAAGGCAACUUUAACUAUAAGAAAUUUCUUUCAACUAAGGAUAAUUUAAUACUAGUCAAUAAUCUAGCUGCUUAUGACUAUGACUUUUCUUUUGAGGCUAAUUGUAUUGAAUGCGCUUCAGUGUUUUGAAGAUUGCUUUCUUUUUUGUGAGUUCCUUAUCUUCUACCUCAUGCCAGUGUUUAAAAGUAAAAUGCAUUUUAAGUGAAGCCAGAAUAAGACAUUUUAAGUAUCUGUUAAGUUUAUAUAAUAUUAACAUAGUUUUAAUGAUUCCAUGAAUUGUACUGUUGGAGUUAAAACAUGCCGUUUGACAGAUUGGUGCUUCCUCUGAAGCAGAAAAACUUUUAUUCUAGAUGCCGCCUAUCUAGAAUUGUACCCUUGCACACGUACAGUCUCUUAACAGCUGAGAGAAAUUAACAAAAGAUUGAGACGUAAUGGUUUGUGCUCUUUAGACAGAAGUGGUAGGGGACAAGAAUCUAUUCUUCAGUGCAGCAGAAGUGAAGUGAUUUCCUCUGGACUGCAGUUUGAGUAACAGGUGAAGUAAGAAGAUGGCUUUACCAUAACCACAUUCACCCUUAAUUCACUUUCUGUCCCCAUCACAGGUUACUGUCUUGAGCAUUUAUCUUGGCCUAAUACUUUAUAGUAGGUGCUUUAGAGGAUACAGGAAAAGUAGGGGAUCAGGUUCCAUCCAUGAAGAAAUUUAAGUCUAAUAGACAAGAUCAAAUUCUCAAACUAUUAUCUGUCAGUUAGUGAACAGUCUUACUUUUUCAGCUGGUCUGAACUUCUGUCAUUCAUCCAGAAAUCAUUUCAGCCAGAAUCAUGACUUUCUGACAGAGUGAUUAUGUAACACCAGCAAUAUCCUGGACCCUAGAAAUUCGCUCUACUGGAAUUCAUCAGAUUUUUAUGAUACCUACCUUCGCCUACAUGCUCCAGUAACACUAUCUCAGAAUCAAGAGGCUGGGCAACCUCUGAAAGUGUAAGGCUGUAUUAAGGAGGAUGAGUUUUUAAAAUCUGUAUUCUUAGCUGGUAUCAGUUAGAUGUAACUGUCAACACUGAGAUAAUACUUAAAGAUUCAGGGAUUUAGGGUCUUUGCCCUUAUGAAUCUGAGCUGCUUACUUAGUUGGAGUAAUUUGCUACAUAUUAGUAUUAUGUCCCUAAGGAUUUUGUUUUAUUACAGAAUUUACAAAUAGCUAGUUGUAUAAUAAACAGAUAAUGCCUCUUUUACAGAUCUGAAUAUGAUUCUGGUAUUUCUAUAGGUAAAGACAGAUAUCUAGUACUUUUUUUCUAAUUCCAGCACUACUUUAUGUAAAUAGAAAAUCCAGUUGCAUAGUUUUUAAGUGCCAUCAAUAGAAAGCACACAGGCUAUGUUUUUUCAGUGAUAGCUUCUAAUUUCAGUUGUGAUUGUUUCAUUCUCAUAUGUAGCUAAGUCUUGAUCAUUCCAAGACGGUGAUGGGUAACAUUUUGAGAUGAGUAUUAAUUUAACCACUUGGGAAAUUAAUUUUAGUCCCUUCUCUCAUUAAAAUUUUGUCCAGAAACAUCAAGAAUUUCACCAUUCCUUGGUCUUUGCAUAAACAAGGUUAAAGGAAAAAAAUGAGCCAUUGAGAUACUAGACAGUUUUUAGUUCUUAUGGUUAUAACUACUCGUAUAAUCAUUAAGCUUUCCUACACUGAAUAAUCUGUAGCCUCAAAUUAGUAUUUAUUACGGAUUCACAUGACAUAAGAAACAGCUGUUUUCUUAUUGUGUUAAUGUUUCAAUUUUGCUGUCAGUAGCUGUUUUUUAAAACCUUCAAAGGAAAACAGAUACUUACACUUCUUAUCAUUCUUGAGCACUAAUCAGGCUGUCAUUGUGAUUGGGGAUAACUUUUUGUUAACAGCCUAUUAAUGUUAAAAGCCUUUUUUAUAGGUACCAACUUGGAAAACAAUCUUAAAUGUGGUAUGGUGUACCAGAUUUGGUUUAUCCAGCCUUGGGAAAAAAAACUAAAAAAAGCAAGAUUCUUGAGUUAAUUUUACUUGUACAUAGAGCCUAUAAUGGAUACUAUGUUUGUUGUAAACUGCAAGAUAAAACCUCAAUAAAAGUGUACUGUACUUCUUGAUGUUUAUUAAAAGAUGUAUUUUUACAA